AAACACUCCUGUUAAAGCAUUCAAAGCUUAAGGACUAAAACGAACUUGAAAUUCGGCAUUUAGAUUAUAAAUUUUAAUCAAACCAAAAUAAUUGUUUUAAGUGUUUUUAUUUAAAAAAAAAUAUAUAUAAAUAAAAUGAAUAAAUUCAUUGUAUUUUUAACAAUAGUGGCUGGUAUUGCUGUGUGCAAUGCUGCCCCAGCUCCACAAAACGAUGGCAAGUAUCAGCCGCAUAAUGAUGGCAAAUAUCAUCCCGAAGCUCAGAAAGAAGGCCAACAAUACGGUUAUACAGAUUCUGCUGGUGUCUAUCAUCAUAUGGCCCCACCCUAUAUGCAUGUUCAUGACAAUCGUGAAUUAGGCAAAUAUGUACAUGUACCCAAUCCCUAUGGUGGUGGCUAUGGACCUUAUGCUGGUUUAAAUUUGCCCUAUAUGCAUGAUGCCAAACCUUAUGUGCAUGAUGUCAAGCCAUAUGAUCACAAUUUGUACACAACCACAACUACCAAAAAACCAACCACAACCACAGAACGUACCACAACCACCACCACUACAACCACAACUACACCACGCAGCAUAAUCUUCAAUUACGAUGAUGAGGGUCGCCACAAGAUUUUACAUCAAGAAGAUGCUCGUAAACACGAUAAAUAUGAUCAUGCUUACUUAACCGAAAACGGUAUCUAUGGCGAGGAACAAGCCAAAUUACAUCAUACCGGUGGUACUCAUGCCCAAGGCUAUUACGAAUACACUGGUGAUGAUGGCAAACUCUAUCGUGUCAACUACAAGAGUACCCACGAAGGUUUUGUACCCGAAGGUGAUCACAUUCCCACACCACCACCAAUUCCAGCUGCCAUUGCCCGUGCCCUCAAGUAUGUCGAUGAUAAGCGCAAGGAAAAUGGCGAGAAAGCCUUGUUUGAUGAGCGUGGCUUUCGUAUUGAUCACAUGAGCAAAGACAUGGUAAAAUCCAUCAAAUCCAUUCAUAUCGAAAAUAUGCCCCGUGAUAUUGCUGAACAAAUCCAUGAAUUACAAUUGGAAAUGGAGGCUCUGUAUGGACCAAAUGAAGAACGUGCCGAAGAGGAAGAUGAUUAUUAUAAAUAAUUCAAGCAAUAAUUCCAUCAUAUAUUUUGUUUAGUUAGUUUUUAUACUUGAAAAAAAAAUAUCAUUAUUUAUCAUUUGCCAGCAUUUCGAUUCCUUAUCCCCAACACCCACGAUAUACCCAUUACUACAUUUAGUAACUCCUAAUCCCCUCACCAAAUCCCGCCACCAUUUAACACAUUUAUCCAUUGUAUUUCAUUUCAAUUUGCCAUUUCUUGAAAAAAGCUAAUUAGUGCUAAAAAAAAACACAAAAAGAAUUUGACGUUGAAAUUAUGUUGACAUAUUUUUUAGUUAUUAGUUAUUUAUCACAAAACAAAAAGAAAAUACCAACACAUACACUCAAACAAUUUGUUAGGUUUUAAUUUAUUUAAAUAAUAUUAAUUUAAUAACUCAAACAAAAAAUCACUCAUUUUUAAUAAAACAUUUUAAAACAUAAGCUGAAA